AUGAAACUCCCUCAGUAUCUCACAGUAGCUCCAAAGACGUAUUCACCCUAUGUAGAAGUUGAUGAAAAUGAAAAUGGAGAACUGAUGCUUUCUGGAAUUGAAGGAAAAUUCUUAGACCUUGUUCUGAAAUCCAUCGGCUUGCCUUACAAAAUAGUAAUGCCCCCUGAUAAAGAGUGGGGUUCUCGAUUACCGAAUGGGAGCUGGUCUGGCAUAAUAGGUAGGGUUCAAAGAGGUGAAGCUGAUAUAGGUAUCUCUGCAGCCAUUACAGAGCAAAGAUUAGCAGUUGUUGAUUUUAGCACUCCAUAUUCUAUUGAAUCUAUUACUUUUGCUUCAUAUAUGCCAGGAGAAUUAUCGUCUCUAUAUGCCUACAUUUACCCAUUCACUCAAGGUGUUUGGGCCUGUUUCUUCUGUCUUUUGUUUAUUCUUCCUCUUUUGCUUAUGUUAAUCUUAGACAGGAAAUAUUCUUACCUAUAUCUUUUCUUGCAAACAGCUGCCAGCAUAUUAAAGCAACCUUUCUUCAUCAAAGAGAAUUCUACGCGUGGUCGAAUUCUCUUAAUAUUUUUACUUUUCUUUACUACCAUUAUAACCCUCUGUUAUAACUGUGUUCUCUCAGCCUUUUUAACAAUACCUCUGCACAAGCCACCCAUACGAACUUUCCAUGACCUCUACGAAGUUGUUACUUCGGGAACUCAUCGAUGCAUUGCUUGGGAAGGCUCCGCAAUGACUGAAGUGCUAAAGCUCUCCUCUCAACCGAAAAUUCGGGAGUUAGCCAAAAUAAUAGAAAGAGAAAACUGGACAGCAACAACGGAAGCCAUCAGAUCCCCUGAAAUUUUUAACAAGGAUUCUGCAGUGAUGAUUUCUGAGUUUGAAUACAAAGUUUAUUUUGGAAUGAGACACAAAAUUACUUUUUACCUGAUGGAUGAAGUUCUUGCAUCUUCAAAGUCUGGAUUAGUUUUAAGGAAAGAUUUUUGCUGCAAAGAACACCUCAACGCAGUCAUAUCCAGAUUAAUUAGUGGAGGUUUUUAUUACAAACUAAUGCGUGAGGAAUCAUACAUGAACUGGUUAAAAUCAUCACAUAGACAAGAAAUGAAUGACAAUCACCAACCAAUGCAUGAGAUUAUAACAUUCUUAAUAGUUUUUGCUACAGGUAGCACAUUGGCCUUCUUUGUGUUGCUGGGCGAAAUAUUAUGGGCACGUUUACACAAAACAGAAGAAUUCGCACUUUGCCGUAAAAACUCACCAACUCCUAAAGUUUCCAAUAAUUUAACUGAAAAUGUAUUUUAG